AACUGAAAAAACAGACUCCUCCGAAACCAUUGGGUCCAGCGUGAGAGAGAUAAAGUGUGAAAAACUGCCCAAACAUUGGCUCCCUAAUCUCUGUUUGGGAUUCGGGUGAAGGUAAAACAAUCAAAUUCUCUGUUGGGCGAUCGAUCGAGCUCGCUCUCGGCAUGGCCAUGGCGUUUCUUCCUCGGCUUCUCAGCUAAGUCUUCCUUUCCAGGGUUUUUUUUGUCUUCAGAUGCUUUGUUUAUGCGCAUAGAGACUCAUGUAUUUGUGUGCAUGUAGACGAAGCUCAUCUGAUGAGAUUGUUUCAUCUGGAAUCAGACACCAUUGAGAAUUCAAUCCUUGUGUCAUCCUUUCCAGCAUUGUGCUAAACGUUUGGCAAUGGAUGACAAUGGCGGUAGCAAGGUGACAGGAAUCCGACAGAUUAUUAGGCUAAAGGAAAUCCUUCAGAAGUGGCAGUCUGUCACGGUUGGCCCAAGGCCGAGUAGUCCCCCACCCGAUACACCUCAUCAAAAUCAUGGAGAGGGCAUUUUGCCAGCUGUUAAUAGGAGGCUAACCAAUGUUAUGUAUUGUGAUUCGGACGAGGACAGCUGCCAUAGCCCUGAACCACCGAUCGACGUCCCCAAAGGCUAUUUGGCGGUUUAUGUUGGGUCGGAGCUCCGGAGGUUUAUCAUUCCUACUAGCUAUCUUAGCCACUCCCUGUUCAAAGUGUUGCUGGAAAAGGCUGAGGAGGAGUUUGGGUUUGACCAUAGUGGCGGGCUCACGAUCCCAUGCGAGAUUGAGACAUUCAAGUACCUUCUCAAGUGCAUGGAGAACCAUCAGAAGGCUCACCCUAAUGGCAGCUCAGUAGGAAAUUCAUUAACGGUUGAAGAGUAAGUAAUUACACUGAUCUUUUUAAUUGCUCCAGAUUUUAGGGCUGAUUUUUCUGGUGUAAAGCAGAGUCUCCUUGUAUGCAGAUUUUUCUUUUCGUUUGCAUUUAAGUGACGAAAAUAGGAAGCUUUAGUUAGAAGUUUUUCAGAUGAAUUGGGUCAGGACGAUUUUUGUGAGCAAACUUUCUAUUCUUUGUAAUGGGGUGUGACCUACGUACAUCUGAUGUUUGAUUGGGUAUAAAACACGUUAAUUGUUCAGCAA